AUGCCACCUUUACCGGGUGGGUCGCUGGACCGCCGACGGGUAAUCUGUUACCACCAAACCAUCAUUCCCGGCGGGGACUCAUACGUGUCCAUGCUCCCGCUCGUGGAAAACAACACCGGGGCCACGCAUGUCAUCCUUGCAGCCAUUCAUAUAAAUGGAGAGCCGGGAAACAUCACUCUCAACGAUGACCCGCCCGAUAGUCCCAAAUAUGACCCUCUAUGGGCCGAAGUGCCCCUCGUAAAGCAGGGUGGUCUGAAGGUGAUGGGAAUGCUCGGUGGUGCCGCGCAGGGCUCUUUCCGGCGACUCGACGGCGACUUGGACCAAUUUGAAAGAUAUUACGGCCCUCUACUGAAUAUUAUCCGCCGCUAUGGACUUGACGGAUUGGAUCUCGAUGUCGAAGAGGAAAUGUCACUCCAAGGCAUCAUCCGGCUCAUUGAUCGUCUGAAGGCCGACCUGGGCGACGAAUUUAUUAUCUCAUUGGCCCCCGUCGCAGCCGCGUUACUGGGAGUUGGAAACCUAUCUGGCUUCGACUAUCGCGAACUGGAGCAAGCGAGAGCCUCCAAGAUCGCUUGGUACAAUGCCCAGUUUUACAACGGCUGGGGUCCCGCAGAGGACCCUCGCAUGUACGCAGCUAUCGUUGCGCAGGGCUGGGCCCCGCGCCGAGUCGUUUACGGUCUAUUGACAAACCCUGGCAAUGGAUCGCAGGGCUACGUGCCUCAAGAGAAGAUUGGGCCUGUUCUCGGGAUUCUGGUUCAACAAUUCCCGACCUUUGGCGGUGUGAUGGGUUGGGAAUAUUUCAAUGCACUGCCUGGCGAGAGGGCCAAGCCAUGGCACUGGGCAGCAGAGAUGUCGCUCAGCAUGGGCAUGAAAGAUGUUUUGACUGCGGCUAGCCAGUUGAUGAUGGGGUCGACGGUGCAGAAUAUGCUCCGGGACAUGCAAGGCCGAUAA